AUUUGCAUAAACAGUAAGAUUCGUUGACAAUGGCCGGCCAAGCGGUGGAGGAUGUCUCUGGUGAGGUGCAUGCGAUCGCCCUGGAUCGUGCACCCUUAAGUAUGCGCUGCGACAGGUCAAGUCGAAGUAACAUUUGCAAGUUACAAUAUUUUUGGUGUGGACUGUGGUGGAGCCCCUGAGAUGGACAGGAGAGGGCCUGGGUGCUCCAGACCAUGAGUACAAAAUCUUCGCAGGCGAGGAAGAGAUCUGUCUUGAGCUCACUCGUCGACCUUGUCAUCGUCAUCGUAGCAGUUGCCUUCAACCUAUGCUUCCGUUCCACACUCUUCCUCGAUAGUCCUAAUACGAGGACUACACGCUUGCUGAAACGGAGAUAUUACCACUGUUCAAGUGCUCUCCACUACAGUUAAUGAAUUCCAGAACACUAGUAUCGCAGCAUCGCUUACCAACGUAGCGAGCCUGGCUAGAGUUGGUGGAGCUCGUAGUUCCAGGCAUGUGGUUAUGGUUGUGGCUGUGGUUUUCUAAAUGCGAUCUGCGAUGAUGAUUUUUAACAUGUUCAUCGAUGGCUCCCUUCUAGAGUCUGACGAGUGGUGAGAACCUUAGGCAGGAAUUGUUGCAGCUCAAGGACGCGAAUUCUAUAAGGGCGCAAAAUGCACUAUCACAUGGGGUUGCCCUUCAUGUGCUGGUCUAGUUAUCUGUAUUAACACUGUACUUGGCGAUAGGUUCAUCAACACAAGGUUUUUAAGGUUCCGGAGCCUCUGCUACAAAAUGGCGCCUCGUAAACUGUUCGAUCUCAACAAGUUGCCUGCUUUGGAUGAAGAGAUGGAAGAAGUUGUCGCAGUGGAGGGACAUCUCACAGGUCAUCGAAGACUGGAGUGGACCACAGAGAGACGAAGCCAGAGAUCGUCGACUGUUGACACAAACGUGUCCUUGCUGCUCCAAAAUGGUGCUGCAAAUGGCAUCUCAUGGCAAGCUCUCGGUGGGGUAAUGAAUCAGGGAGCCAAAAUUGCUAACGCGAAGCCUAACGGUUGGACUUCAUUGCUGGCACCACAUUCUCAAGCAGCAGGGUGUUUGACCACCGAGCGGAGCUCCAUGGAGUCGUGCUUUGUAACCUCAAAUACAACCGAGGGAGUUGCAAUAUUCAAUAUGCGUCCGUUCUUCGAAAAGCAAGCGAAAAGACUGUUAGAGAUGUGGUCAAUUAGCGAGUUGGAAUUGAGACUGCCUGAAAAUGAGAUGUCUUGUCAGUCUACCACAGAUAUCAAUGUUGGGAAUAACAUCAAAUAUCAUAUCGAGGUUUCUGAUGAACAAAGUGAAGGUCGCGGUCCAAAUAUGUAUGAUUUCGAACAUUCAGAAACCAUGAUGCGCCAGCGAAUUAAACCCAAGGCAGUAAUCGAACCAACAAUUGAAGAAGCGGCCAACAAUACAAGCCAGCUGCGUAAGUCACUUACUCGCAUUGAUAGUGGAACAUUGAAGCUCACAGGAGCAUCUCAAGAAGGUGCGACACUUGGGAAUCAAACAAAAUCCAAACACAAUCUCAGGCCGGCUGACCAAGAACCUGUGGUCAAUAGUACCGAACAUCAAGAGGAACUCCUCAGAGAAAAAAACAUUAAAGCCCUGGCAUUCGAUGCAACAUUUGAUUUCAACACAGAGAGAUGCACCCCUACAUCUCCCUGCAAGCGGUGUUUAGAGUUCUGUGAGACUCCCUUCCCCGCGGCCCUCGCACCUGGCUGCCCUAUAGGAGACGACCCAGUGUUCGCUUCUGGCAAUGACGAGGAUGUUCCCCCUAUUCUGAAGAAUAGAAACGAGGAAGAAGUUGCUCUAAGAAAACAAUCACGGCAUGGUCCCAAGAGUAAGAGUUCUAAAUAUAGAGGUGUGACGUUCUACACCAGGACGGGAAAGUGGGAAGCCCAUAUUUGGCAUGAGUCUGCACAGGUGUACCUUGGUGCAUCUGACACAACAGAAGAAGCUGCCAGGGCAUAUGAUAAGGCUGCUAUCCUGCUGAUUGGCCCCGAUGCAGACAUAAAUUUUAAACCUGAAGACUACCCAAUGGAAAUGAGACAUCUGUACAAGCUCAACAAGGAACAGCUUGUGAUUUAUCUGCGGCGAGAUAGCAGAGGUUAUGGAGCUCAGGCCUCAUUUCCUGGAGUAAAGCAUAUCAAGAAGAAUACAUACCAAGCUGCGUGUGGAGAUACUAUCUUGGGCACUACUUACCCCACUGAAGAAGAUGCAGCCAGGGCCGUAUAUAAAGAAGCAGUAAGAUGUUCUUACGGAGGAAUGGCAAGUUGGAUCAUCAACACUCACCACGUCAGGAACAUACCAUCGUAUGCUUGGCAACGGUUAGCUGCGUUAGAUCCUGAGGAGGUCACGAAACUGACAGCAGGAACCAACAUCGGCUCCUGCAGUGCGCUGAGGAAGAAGUGUUCCUUAAAAAGACGCAACUUAUCUUCGCAAAAGAAGAACAAGAAGAAGCGCUCAUCUCGCUCAAAGAAAAAGCAGUCCUUCACAUCCCCAAAGAAUACCACCAUAUUCGCCACCUCUGAUACUACAAAGUCCGUCCCAGCUGGUCAGGAUGAAGACGCUGUUCCUAAAACUUGUCACGAGAACAGCCGAGCUUGGGGCGCUCAGCCGGCUAGCUGCAGAUCUCCUGACAGGCAUUGCGCCUGCACUUCCUCCGGAGAAGAUAUCACUCUAGCAAACGGGGCCUGCAGCUCCGGUGCUCGCUCACAGCAAACAACUCGGCCAAUGCAUUUGCAACCUCAUGUCGCAGGGCGUGGCACAUCCCAUGCGGAAAUGCUGUGUUUAGCAACAGGCUCCGCCUUCUCAUCGCGACGGAGGGUAUUCGAAAAAAUAUCAUCAGAUUCAGAAAGAGUAGCGAUUCAAUCCAACGACUUUCCCUCGUCGUUCGGUCGAUCUGCGCUGAGCUCUAGCGAUCAGAGGUUCACAUCCGAAACAGGAUUUGUUUCAGCACACGUCAAGAAGUCAUCGAUAAUGAACCCUUCUGUAAAUAUCCCCACCGACUCCACCAAAUUCAAGUUGUUCAAUGUAGAAAUCAACGUGUCGGAGGAGAUGGCCCAUGCGGGACGGGGCGGUCACCCUCAAGCACAAACCAGCAACGAAGUCGGAUUCCAAAGCCAUGACUGCACCACACAUUCAGGGGAUACCCAGGACCUCCUGCACUUGCCGAGGAAGAGGACCAAGAUCACUAAAAGUGUAGACACGAAUGAUCCAUGGGAGUCAGGGUUGCAAACUGUGACAAGAAGUGAAUAUUGUAGUCCAUUCGAGGCAGUUGCAGCCAUCAGUCGACGGCAUGAGGUGACUCCGCUAAACUGCAGACCAUGGCUGCAACCAGACACCAGCCUGGCACCGCUGCGACCCCAAGGCAGACAAUCCUGGACAAUGCUGGAAACAUCACCACUACCACCACCAUCUUCCCCAUCGACCGUCACUAGCGUGAAUGCACUGCACAGAUCAGGGAGCCUUUCACUUGUGCAGCCUGCAGGCUCCACGCAUCUGGUGCUGCGGCGAGUGUCCGAGAUGAGCCGGCGCCUUAAACUACCCGCUCAUCUGAGAAUCGUGCGGCUCACAAGUCCCGCACCCAUGCACCAUAAAUCUAGCCGCACUGACACAGGAUCACGCAUCUAGCUACCGCGGCAUCGCACGGUUAUCAGCUCCGCCGACCGUUAUACCGUGUCUGUGGGCUUCGAUACUACUUUUCCUGUGACUCCCUUGCAGAUAGAGCCUCCCUGUGACUAGAGGAAGCCAUUUAAGAGUUCCUAGGCUGUCAAGAGUGCUACAAGACGUAAGAGCUUCUUUUAACUAAAAUUGCACUUGGGGCUCCAAGCUCACCUUGUCACAAAAAAAUAUUACGUUUCAAACAUCAAACUCUAAGCUGCAAAACUAAUUAAUGCAAUGUGAAAUUUGGUUGACUAUC